GCACCAACAACAUAGAUAAAAUCAGAACGAAGAAAAGGCCAAAACAAGCCCCCGAAUUCACUCUUUUCCUCCCACUAAACAAAAGCCAAUGGCCUCCUUAUCCUUCCUCCACCUCUCCUCCGCCACCCGUUUUACCCCCCGCGGCACCCCUAUUAACCACCGGGCUCGAACCCAGAAAUCAUUCUCCAUCAGGUCCCAAUCUGCUCCAGUCCUUUCCCAAGAUGAGCUCAAAAAGCUUGCAGCUGACAAAGCGGUUGAGUCAGUCAAGUCAGGUAUGGUCCUAGGCCUAGGAACAGGCUCAACAGCUGCCUUUGUGGUUGACAAACUGGGUCAACUCCUUUCCACCGGUCAACUUUCUAACAUCGUCGGAAUCCCAACCUCAAAAAGAACCCAAGAGCAAGCUGCAUCGCUUAAUAUCCCUUUAUCCACCCUUGACUUGCAUCCCCAUAUUGAUCUCGCCAUUGAUGGUGCUGAUGAAGUUGACCCUAACCUCGACUUAGUUAAAGGCCGUGGGGGUGCACUUUUGCGAGAGAAAAUGGUUGAAGCAGCUUCAUCUUCUUUCAUUGUAGUGGCUGAUGAUAGCAAGCUUGUUUCAGGGCUUGGAGGGAGUGGUUUAGCCAUGCCUGUUGAAGUUGUGCAGUUUUGUUGGAAAUAUAACUUGGUUAGACUUGAAGGAUUAUUCAACGAGUUGGGUUGUGAAGCAAAGUUGAGAUUAGCAGGGGAUGGUAGUGAAAAGCCUUACGUGACUGAUAAUGGGAACUACAUUGUGGAUUUGUAUUUCAAGAAUCCAAUAAAAGAUGGGUUUGCAGCUGGGAAAGAGAUUUCUGCCAUGGAAGGCGUAGUGGAACAUGGGUUGUUUUUAGGGAUGGCUACCUCUGUUAUUGUCGCUGGGAAGACAGGUGUGGAAGUUAUGACUAAGUGAUUGAAGAAGGCAAAGCCUUGCCUGGCGCAGCUGUUAAGCGGUUUUGCUCCUUCUGGCUGCACCCGAGCGCACCUAAUCAUGAAAGAUUUGCUGGUAAUACCUGUGUUUCCUGUUUCCUUUGUCAUCAAGCAUCGAAGUGUAAGUAAUGAAGCAUUGAACUUGAAAGCAGCCAUCUUAACUCAUCAGCAUAUAGCCAGACAUUUUCCCUUGAACAUCAUGCCUUAGCUUUCUUGGUAUUGUCUGCCUUUCCUUUAGUCAUUGAACAUUGUAGAACUGGAAUAGAAGUAAAGAAACAUUGAACUUGAAACCAGCCAUGUGAACCAAUUAGCUUAUAAACGACAUGUUCAGAUUAAAUCCUUAACAUCGUGCCUAAGAUUAUUUUGUAGUGCCUGCUUUUUGGUUUCCAUUAGUCAUCGAACAUUGUAGAGCUGAAAUAGAAGCAAUGAAGCAUUGAGCUUGAAAGCAUCCAUAUGAAGCCAUUAGCAUUAUAACAAGACAUUUUCAAAGUGAAUCUGUUAUCAAGCCUGAGAUUUGUUGGUAGUGCCUGCCUUUCCAUUAGCCAUUGAGCAUUGUAGAACUGAAAUAGAAGAAAUGAAAGAGUGAACUUGAAAGCAGCUACAUGAACCAUAUAGCAUAUAACAAUACAUUUUAAAGUUAAUCUGUUAGCAUCAUGCUUGAGAUUUCUUCGUUUGGCCUGCUUUUCCAUUAGUCAUUGAGAUUCUAGAACUGAAAUACAAGUAAUGAAACGUUGAACUCAGAAGGCAGCCAUAUGAACCAAAUUGCAUAUAACAUAACAUUUUCAGACUGAGUCCAUUAGCAUCAUGCCUAAGAUUAUUUGGUUGUGCUUGUCUUUCUGUUUUCAUUAGUCGUCAAACAUUGUAUAACUGAAAUAGAAGCGAUGAAACAUUGAAUUUAAAAGUAGCCAUAUGAACCCAAUAGCAUAUAACAUAACAGGACAUUUUCAAAAUGAAUCUGUUAGCAUCAUGCCUAAGAUUUGUUGGUAGACCUGCUUUUCCAUUUCCAUUUGUACUGUGUUUUGGGGCUGUAAUAGGUUCAUUUUAUCUACUAUUGCGUAGGCAAUGUGACCACUUACUCAUCAUCUGCAACAAGUGCUUCACUCUGUUCUUUAUAAAUCCUGCUUUGGUUCAUAGGAUCUGUGGCCCUACAGUGCUAUAAACUCUAGAUAUGAACGUGUGCUGUAGAAACUGAUUUAGGUCCUAUGAGAUAGGGUGUAAAUUAAAAAAGAAAUGAUUUAAUAGUUCUUUGAAUGUUUACCUGAUAACACAUGUCGUGAUUAUUUAGCUCUUUUGACCAAUUUUUUGCCUCCUUUUUCAAUAUCUUAUUUAAUAGUUCUUCCAUUAGCUUAAUUUUGAAUGUCUGCAACAAAGUAGUCGAAAUCAAUUACCUAUGGGGUGACAUAUUCAGAAUUAUUUUAUAGUUCCUUCUUUUUAACGAUAUGUUUUGAGUUGCUAUAUAAUCAGAAAGGCCUCGAUUGAGAAGAAAAAGGAAACAAACGAUGGUUGAUGAACAGCAGAGAGUUCAGAUUCCUCGAGUGAAACUUGGAACUCAAGGACUUGAGGUUUCAAAGUUAGGGUUUGGGUGUAUGGGUCUUUCUGGAUCUUUAUGAUCCGGUCUCAGAUGAUGUUGGCAUAAUGAUCAUUAAGCACGCAUUUGAAGAAGGAAUCACUUUCUUCGAUACAACUGACUUGUAUGGACACAAAACUAAUGAAAUUCUGGUCGAAAAGACAUUGAAGCAGUUACCGCAAGAGAAGGUACAGUUGGCUACAAAAUUCGGCGUUGAAAGCAUUGGUCCAGGUGGUCUUGUUGUCAGUGGCACUCCUGAAUACGUUUGUGCUUCUCUUGAGAGUAGCCUUAAACGCCUUGAUGUGGAUUACAUUGAUCUUUACUAUAUAAUCAGAGUUGACACCAAGACUCCUAUAGAGGAGACUAUGGAAGAACUGUAAGAAGUUGGUGGAAGAAGGAAAAAUAAAGUAUAUUGGUAUAUCUGAAGCUAGCCCUGAAACUAUAAGGAGGGCACACGCCGUUCAUCCCAUUACUGCUGUACAAAUGGAGUGGGCCCUCUGGACUCAUGAUAUUGAGGAAGAAGUAGUUCCCCUUUGCAGGUUUCUUCUUCUAUCUUGAAUUAUUAUCCAGACUCGAACUACCCUUUGUAGGUUUCUUCUUCUAUCUUGAAUCAUUAUCCAGACUCGAACUAGUGUUGAAUACAUGUAUGUGUUCAAUGUUAAUAUUUUCAAAAAUGUUAGGGUUUUUUUUUUCCCGGAAUGAUCAUACUCUACCCUCUUAUCUAUAUCAAACAUAUUGAAUACGGAUGCUUUAGAGAAAAUGAAAAGUCUAGCUAUCAUAGAUUGAAAUUCGAUUA